AUUAAAAUGUGACGACAGACAUCGGCUCUACGUCUUCGCCUUCUGCAUCGCCGAUCGCAACGCAACAAAAGCGCAAACAUCGCUGCUACGAAAUUGCAGCCUUUUUAGUUUGUGAAAAUUGACUCCAAACUUGGAGGUUUUUCGCCCUUGUACGCGUGUGUGUGUGUGUGAUCGUGAUUGUGUAGGUUUUGUGGUCGUGUAUUGUGCCUUUCUUUGGCCACCGUUACGAACAACAGUGUGCAACAAGUGACUCAACAAACACAACGUAACAAACAACAAAACAACCACAAAAGAAAAGCAAAGAAAAAAGGAGAAAUAGAAAAUGUGUGAGAAAGACCCCAUUGCCAGCGAAAGCGUGCUUUGGCAAGUGCAGGUAGUGAUGCGUAUUGUGGCGUAUAAAUAAAAACACACAUAGACAUAGAGCCCGAACUGCGGGCCUGGUGUGGGUAGGAAAGAUUUCUCGGUGUUCGACUCGUGAUAGGAAGUGAUAGCAACAGGGAAGGACAGCAACGUCCAAGCAAGUGACGAACCACAGCCACAUCACAUUAAUUGCAGGUUAUUUUUAUCCGUAGUUCCGAUCGCAAGCACACACCACACGAUAGGAUGAAGCCAAGACGCGUUGGAAUGGCACGAGGCUAUGAGGAGAUGGAUGGUGCAAACGUUCCCCGGCCACCCGGAUCUGCGGGUACGGUUGGAGGCACUUCCGGGGCAGAUUCUACCACAGCCGGAGUGGCAGGAAACCAAUCCUCAACGGCAGUACCCGGCGGAACAAUGCUAAGCGGUGUGGCACCAGAAUUUGAGCUGGCAUCGGUCAGUGUCGUACCGGACGAUACGUACACAGUGACACAGGCCGUCAAUGCGCUUGGAUUUGGCUGGUUUCAGGUGAAACUGUCGCUGUGUGUGGGUUUGUGUUGGAUGGCCGAUUCCAUGGAGAUGACCAUUCUGAGUGUGCUCGGUCCGGCACUGCACUGUGAUUGGGGUAUCUCCCGGUAUCAGCAGGCCCUCGUAACGACGGUGGUCUUCCUCGGCAUGAUGCUUAGCUCCACCUUUUGGGGUCAUCUAAGCGAUCGGUACGGUCGCAAACCGGCCUUAACACUGUGUGGCGUACUGCUUUUCCUGUACGGAUUGCUCAGCUCCGUUGCGCCAAGCUUUGGCUGGUUGCUUCUGCUGCGUGGACUCGUCGGAUUUGCCAUCGGCUGUGUUCCACAAUCAGUAACGCUGUACGCAGAAUUCCUUCCCACAAAACAGCGCGCCAAAUGUGUCGUAUUGCUUGAUUGUUUUUGGGCGCUUGGAGCAUGCUUUGAAGUGGCACUCGCAUUGGCCGUAACACCGACGCUUGGUUGGCGGUGGUUGUUAGGUUUAUCGGCUGCACCACUCUUCAUCUUCGCCAUAAUCACUCCCUGGCUACCGGAAUCGGCUCGCUAUCAUGUUACCAGCGGUCAAAGCGACAAAGCACUGAACACACUCGAACAGAUCGCAAAGGACAACAGGCGACCGAUGCUGCUUGGGCGGCUGGUAGUGGAAGGUCCCAGUGGUUCACGGGGAAGUUUAAAGGCGUUGCUCGGCAGCUCUCUGCGACGCACCACGUUGCUGCUGUGGUUCAUCUGGAUGUCGUGUGCCUUCUGCUACUACGGAUUGGUAUUGAUGUCGACCGAACUGUUUGGCGGCAAGAAUAAAACCAUCACUGACGUAGGCAUGGCGGAUGAUGGCAUUACGAUUGACUGUCAACCGUUGGCCACUACCGACUAUAUGGAUCUGCUGUGGACAACGCUCGCCGAGUUCCCUGGUAUAUUUGCGACCAUUUAUGUGAUUGAAAAGUUUGGCCGCAAGAAAACAAUGGCGUUGCAGUUUCUCUUCUAUGCCGGAUGUGUGCUUAUGAUCACCGUGACGGAAGUGCGUGUAUUCUUGACCAUUAUUUUGUUCAUGGCUCGUGGUGUCAUUGCCGGUCUGUUUCAGGCGGCGUACGUUUACACGCCGGAAGUGUACCCGACCGCGCUACGAUCGGUCGGCGUUGGUGGCUGUUCCGCCCUAGCACGUCUCGGUGCGAUGGCCACACCGUACAUUGCUCAGGUUCUGUUUCAAUCGUCGAUCUGGAGCGCUGUGACCGUGUAUGGCAUAUUCGCAGCGUGUGCCAGUGUUGCCUGUAUGCUGUUGCCUUACGAAACGCGUGGUGCUGAUUUGGCGCACUGAUGGAAAACUCACCUAUACUCAUAACUAUCAACAGAAACCUACCUCUGAACGAGAUCAUCAAGCCCUCGGUUAAGCCGUAGGGCCAUGCGUAGUGGAAUUCUGUUUCCACGACUUUGUUUUGUUUUGUUUCUACGUCGUGUGCUAAGGCUAGGAAGUUUCUUUGUACGUUGUAUAUAACAUCUUGUCGUAUAGUGCUAACCGUUUGUAACGGAUAGUUAUUUAUAUAUCUAUUUAUUUACCAUCAAAAUAUAACACGUUUAAAACCGACCCCGGUCAGUUUGUCCCUA